UGUUCUGACUCAUUGCUGGGAACAAAUUCACUCAGCAGUGUAUAAAAUCAAGUCCGUGAUCACAACUCAAAAGGAAUCCUCCCGUGCCCUUAAGAUGAACCUCAGGCUGUUCCUUGCUUUCACUGCACUGGCUGAAAGUGCCCACUCCUGCCCCCAUCUGUGCUCCUGUUCCUUUCCACCUUCAGGUGCAGAGGUGGUGUGCAGCCAAAGCUCCCUUAUGAAUUUCCCUGUAGAUGGCUUACCCUCCAACACCACUCAAAUAUCGAUCCAAUCAACCGAACUCGGCAGUAUCACGGCCAGCCAUUUGAGCGCUGUGCCCCUUUUAAACAACCUCCAGCUGUAUCACAACAACCUGACAAGCCUCCCUGCAGAUCUACUGAAAAACGUUCCUCUCUUGAACGAGUUGGAUCUGACGGGAAACCAGCUGGUUCAUCUUCCUCCAAAUGUCUUCAGCCAUGCUUCACUUCGGAGUCUUGUGCUGAAGAAUAAUCUGAUUGAGGUUGCUGAAGCUGAAUGGAUUCUUGGCAAUAGUAGCCUGACCUGGCUGGACUUGCCUGGAAAUCUUUUAACAGGUGUAUCCGCCGCUCUGCUUGAAAAACUGCCAAAUCUGAAGAAUCUAGACCUGAGCGACAACAAUCUGCAAGUCUUACAACCCGACAUCCUGAAGAACCUGCACCGCCUGGAGAUGCUGAACCUCGCUGGUAAUAGAAUAAGCUCCUUAAAACCUACAACCUUCUCCCACAACGUCAAACUAUCCCAACUGUUUUUACAGGAGAAUCAGCUCCUAGAGUUGCCAGCGACUCUUCUCCACGGUCUCCAGCAUCUUCAGCUUCUGCUGCUCAAUCAGAAUCAGCUGCAGCAUCUCCCCCCAGGGCUGCUGGAUGAGAGGAAAUCCCCUUUCCAGGUUGCCCUAAGCAGAAACCCCUGGAUGUGUGAUGAGAAGGUGGAGUAUCUGUGGAAGUGGCUCACUGUCUAUCGUCAGAAUGUCAUCUUUUUGGAAGAGGUGACAUGUGCCGGGCCUGAAGCUCUUAAAGACCGACGAGUGGUUUCUUUAUCUUGCAAUGAGCUUGGACUACAACAUAUUCAAAAUUAGUGCUGGAAAAGAGGCAAAAUGAUUUCAGUUUACCCUUUUUACAUUUAACUGAAAUUAAUUAUGUUUUUCUGUGUUUGAGUCAGAAAUUAAACAUUAUUUAUUCUGCAUUUAUUUUUAUGUUUCUUAUACUUGAUCCCUCCAUUGAUAGGAUAUUGUCCCGCCCACUGGGUGGCAUAAGACUCUCAAAAAAAUAAUGAUCAGAAAGCUGAAUGUAGAAUGCAGGCCAUUCAAGAAACAAUUUACCUUAACGUUCUCUGCCAAAAAAUGUGUCUAGUCAAUUCAUUAUUGUUAAUAUAUUCUGGUUUUAUUGAUGUUUAUCUGAGAUGAACAUGAUCUCAAGGAAAAUGGGUACUUUAAUUCAAGGUAUGGACAAACUAGAUUGUUAAUCAUACUCUUAAUGGAAAGCAUGGUCCAAAAAAGCCAUGAUCAAGACAUGGCAUCAGAAGUGUUUAAGAAUUGCUACAAAUCAAAGCCCUCCUUCCUUGUGUUUUUUUGAGAGUCUUCUUUUGACUUCUUACUCCAACGGAUGUGUCUCACUUGGAGUUGGUUGCAUCACAGACUGCUGCAUUGUUUCAGUCGUGCCCCUUUGUUGUUAAUGAUGUUGAGCAUGUGGGAGUGUGUGGGCAGUGCAAUCGCUUAUUCUUCUAGCUUACCUCUUCUGGGUGUGUUUUAAAUCUCAGUUUCUCUUUCUUUAAGUCUUUCAUAGGGUAUAGUGUGUUUGUAUCUCCUGAAUAUCCACACAAACACACGUCCCCAAGCCUUGAUCACGGUGAGUGCAACCUAAAUGUAAUUUAUUACCUUGAUAAAAUAUAACACAUUGACUCCUCUCAAGGCUGCUACUUAUAAAAAUUAAACCUUGUUUAUAAAGCUCCCCAAAAGAACAAAGGGUAAACUCAUAGAGAUGUGUCUUUCAUUCAUUUCACCUCUCUGAAUUGUAUCCUGGAGGUUAAAGGGUUAGGAGGUGUGAGUAAAAUAAUUCCUUCUGGUUGUAAAUCAUCCGUUUAGGGGUAAGUCAACGAAGGGACUUUCCACUUCCUCAACAACUAUUGCUGUUCUUUGAGGAAAGACAUUUAAUCUCCAUCUGCUCUUGUUAAUCCCCCAGGCUGUGAUGUUUUUAAGCGUGUAAUGGCAUACAGGUUGUUCCUUGGAUAAAUGAGAAUGAUUAGUUUGGAAUAAUGGAGCCGCUCUGGCUCACUGCCGUACUGUCGGCUAAUGAUGACUGACUGACACUGAAAUCUAAAAGGUCAGGCUCACACUUGAAAAUGACGGUGGCCUUUCUGACUUGGUGUUAUAAUAAUGGAGACAUGAUCCUCUUUGAGUGCUGCUCAUUAGCACUAUCGGUGC